UGCUCCAGGAUUUCUAUCACAGGUACUGCACUCCCGUUUGGUCAAUGGCCCGGAGUCCGCAAAACCCACACUGGAUGACAUUUCAGAUUCUUGUUUAAAUGAGAAGGUCAAAAAGAUUCAAGAUGCCACAAAUUUAAAGGAGCUGUUAGAGGCAACAGAGCCAUUGUUGGACUACUUGCUGACUGCUGGAUGUCUCAGGCCUCUGAAAAGCGUUGAAGACCGUGAUCUUCUUGUACACGACAUCUUAAUGUUCCAGAUUGUCCACAGGGUCCAGAGAGCAUUUGAAAGAUUCAGAGAUGGAAUGAAGACAUUGGGUGUCUUGGAUGCAAUUCAGCGUCAUCCGACUAGCUUUCGCCCCAUUUUAUGUCAUGAGCCAGCUCCUCUAACUGCAGACGUACUUGAAGGGCUUUUUGAGAUUCGCCUGUCACAAAAGGGUAGCAAUAAGAGGGUGCAAGAAGAGGUCAUUGUUCCCUUUUGGCAAGAUUAUAUUCAGGACAUGGAAGAUGAAGAAGGGCCAGCAAAAUUGGAGAAGAUUUUGGCUUUUGCAACUGGUGCAAGUUGUGUUCCACCAGUUGGCUUCUCACCACAGCCUACAAUCGAAUUCUUGCAUAAGGAAGAUUCUGAGUCAGCAGUGAUAUCAACGUUUCCAAUGGCAAACACUUGCAUUAAUUGCCUUAAGUUGCCUUUUCACACAAAGUACGGGGAAUUCAAAAGUUCCAUGGACUUUGCAUUUGCCAACACGCAUGGUUUUGGCAUGGAGUAG